AUGAUUGGGCUCCAACAUUACGACAACCUGAUCCGUCAGGUUGACUGCGAAACAAUGUUAUUUUUAAUGACUCAUUAAUUUUCAGCUCCAAGAGCACCAAGCAAGAGUCUCAUCACCCAUACCAGAAGACCCGCAGCAGACUUUCAUCCCCGGUUACGUCCGCGCAGCCACUCUUUCUGCGCUACAUCCUCAUAGUCAUCAUAGAGAGCACAGGUUUCACCAGUACUUGAAGAUCGUUUAAAAAUGAAUUUUCUCAAGUUUAAAACGAGAUUACAACUGGAAUUUAAUCGAUCAUCUUGAAAGACGCCUUCAAAAACUUUUUUCACAUUGCCCAGAUUAGCCAGUUUUGAGGCGUUAUUUCCAAAAAUAUAGAGAGUUUUGUUUGGAACAACCACCAUUCAGAAAAGUUUUCUUGUAUGCAAAUUUUUUUGAGAAAAUGGUGCUUCCUUUAGUAAUCUUAUAACCACACAUUUUAGAAAAUUUCCUUGAAAAAAAGUUGUAUCAGCUUGAAAAUAUUUGAUCUUUGUCUUGAUUUUUUUGAAAACCAAGAUGUGAAAACAGUCUUACUGUUACCUUUUGAUAUCUGUCAGCUUGAAAAUAAUAUUCUAAUCGAGUUUUCAGACGCCGUCGACACGUCCCAACUGUUCAAAGAGACUGGCCGCCACCGGUGUACGAACAACUGAACGCGGAGGGAAGACCGGAAGAACAGCCGGUCGCUCAGGCCGAAGGAGAACGGCCUCUGUCGCCGACUCAGCUCCCUGGAGUGACCCCUCUGCCACUCUCUUUCAAUUCGCGUUUCCAGGACUUCCUCACGCCCGGCAAGUACUACGCCAAGUUAGUUUCGAGCUUUUUGAAUACUAUUUACUAUUAUUACUUAGAUCCUUCACGAGGUACAUCGGCCCAUUCGACAACAUUCCGAGAGCCGCAGAUUUGCCGGCGUCGGAUCGAUUUGUCAUUUUUCAGGUGAACUUUUCUCAAAAAUCUAAGAAAACAGUAUAGAGAACUAAGAAAAAUCAUUUUGAAAUAAGCUAGUUUCAACAAAGAAAAAAACGUCUUCAUUAGAAAUAAAUUCAUAGAGUCAAAGCUCAAAGCCCUAAAUUUACAUUUUAUGAUUUUUUGCGGAUUUUUAGGACAGUAAGUUUAUGAAAAUGAGUUUAAUGAAAGCGUUCCUGCGUCAUCAAAAGUGAAAAAAAGCACUUUCCGAUAUUGAAAUAAUAACUUUUCAACUAGAGGAAGACUUCAUGCUUCAUCAUCACUAGCUUGUGAAAAAAAAGAAACGUCCAAUUCACUUCUUUCCGGCCACUGAUCCGUUAAGCGUGUAGAUAAGCUAAUUUUUAACAUUCUCUAGAUAACUUCGAAGAAAGUACAGUUUCUGAUAUUUUUGAUUUUUUCAGAGAAUGGGGCGGCUACCUGGCAACACACGGAAAAUCGUAUUCAGACAGGUCGGCUCUGUCGAAACUUGA